UCUUUCUCUCUCUCCCCCUGUCUGUCUCCCUCCCUCACACACACACGCUGCUCCCUCUGAUUUCUGCCGUUUCCUCUUUCUUGGAUUCAUCCUUUUUCAGGAAUGCGAGGCUCUGGUGACGGGCGGCCCUCUCUGCACACGGGAUGCUGAUGCUGUCCUAACUCCUUUUCGGAAUCUCCCGUUAACCGGUGCCCGUGCCCCUGGCACACUCUGUGAAUGUCUCUCACCAUGGCCAAGCACGAGGCCAGCAGCACCAGCCCGGUGGUGCGGCAGAUAGACAAGCAGUUCCUGGUCUGCAGCAUCUGCCUGGACCACUACCACAACCCCAAAGUCCUGCCCUGCCUGCACACCUUCUGUGAGAGGUGCCUCCAGAACUACAUUCCCCCACAGUCUCUGACUCUGUCCUGCCCUGUGUGUCGGCAGACCUCCAUUUUGCCAGAGAAGGGCGUGGCCGCCCUUCAGAACAACUUCUUCAUCACCAACCUGAUGGAGGUUCUCCAGCGGGACCCAGAGUGUGCGCGCCCCGAGGCCUGCAGUGUCCUAGAGUCUGUCAGUGCAGCCGCAGCCGGGAAACCCCUCUGCUGCCCCAACCACGAGGGCAAGGUGAUGGAGUUCUACUGCGAGUCAUGUGAGACAGCAAUGUGUCUGGACUGCACAGAGGGAGAGCACAGGGAGCAUGUGACUGUCCCCCUCCGAGACGUCUUGGAGCAGCACAAGGCCGCGCUCAAAACCCAGCUGGAUGCCAUUCGAAACAGGCUCCCCCAGCUGACAGCGGCCAUCGAGCUGGUGAAUGAGAUCUCCAAGCAGCUGAUCGAGCGUAAGAAUGAGGCUGUGAACGAGAUCAGCGGCACAUUCGAGGAGCUGGAGCGGGCGCUGCACCUUCGCAAAUCUGCGCUCAUCACCGACCUGGAGAGCAUCUGCAACGCCAAGCAGAAGGUGCUGCAGGCCCAGCUAUCUGCCCUGCUGCAGGGCAAGGAGCACAUCCAGAGCAGCUGCAGCUUCACAGAGCAGGCCCUGAGCCACGGCAGCGCCACCGAAGUCCUGCUGGUGCAGAAGCAGAUGAGCGAGCGGGUCAGCGCCCUGGCCCGCCACGACUUCCCCGAGCAGCCGCACGAGAACGGCCACCUGGACUGCCAGGUGGAGACGGAGGGCCUGCGGCGUUCCAUCCAGAACCUGGGCGUGCUGCUGACCACCAGCACCGUGGGCCACACCAGCGUGGCCACCGGAGAGGGUCUGCGCCACGCCCUGGUGGGCCAGCACACCACCGUCACCGUCACCACCAAGGACAAGGAUGGCGAGCUGGUGAAGACGGGCAACGCGGUGCUGCGGGCCGAGAUCGUGGCUGCCGACGGCGGCUGCACCGAGGCGGAGGUGGUGGACAACAAGAACGGCACGUACGAGGUGGGCUACACGCUGCGCUCCGAGGGCGAGUUCUCCUUCUCGCUGCUGCUGUACGACCAGCCCGUGCGCGGCAGCCCCUUCCGCCUGCGCGCCGUCAAGCCCUCUGAUGUGCCCCAGUCGCCCGACGACGUCAAGCGGCGGGUGAAGUCGCCCAGCGGGGGCGGGGGGCAUGUGCGGCAGAAGGCCGUGCGUCGGCCCUCCAGCAUGUACAGCACCAGCAAGAAGAAGGAGAACCCCAUUGAGGACGAGCUCAUCUACAGAGUCGGGACACGAGGGCGGGAGAAAGGAGAGUUCACUAACUUGCAAGGAAUUUCUGCCUCAAGCAACGGCAGGAUUGUGGUGGCAGACAGUAAUAAUCAGUGUAUUCAGGUGUUCUCCAAUGAUGGACAGUUCAAGCUAAGGUUUGGGGUCAGAGGUCGCUCCCCAGGGCAGCUACAGCGCCCCACGGGUGUCACUGUGGAUAUGAACGGUGACAUCAUUGUGGCUGACUAUGACAACAGAUGGCUUAGCAUAUUCAGCUCUGAUGGGAAGUUCAAGAGUAAAAUCGGAGCUGGGCGUCUGAUGGGGCCGAAAGGCGUGGCCGUGGACAGGAAUGGUCAUAUCAUCGCCGUGGACAACAAAGCCUGCUGCGUCUUCAUCUUCCAGUCCAACGGCAAGCUGGUGACAAAAUUUGGAGCCAGGGGUACAUCAGACAGACAGUUUGCAGAAAAAAGUGGUGCAAACAUUGCACUGGAGCAAAAGCUUAGUAAAUCUGGCCCAGUGUUCAGUCCACACUUCGUAGCUGUAAAUAACAAGAAUGAAAUAGUGGUGACAGACUUUCACAAUCACUCCGUUAAGGUGUACAAUGCUGAUGGAGAGUUCCUCUUCAAGUUUGGCUCUCACGGAGAGGGGAACGGACAGUUUAACGCCCCCACAGGGGUAGCAGCGGAUGCCAAUGGCAACAUCAUUGUUGCAGACUGGGGCAACAGCCGAAUACAGGUGUUUGACAGUUCCGGGUCCUUCCUGUCUUACAUCAACACCACGGCGGACCCUCUGUACGGGCCCCAAGGCCUGGCCCUCACGUCAGAUGGACAUGUGGCAGUAGCCGACUCUGGGAACCACUGCUUCAAAGUCUACCGCUACCUGCAGUAAGGCAGGGCCAGGCCAUUCAGACCGCCACAGCAAGCACUGAGUCAAGACACAAGAAAUGUACAGGGUUCAACGAUCCUUCUCCCAUUUUUGUACUGUAACUUGGAACAUCAAAAAAAAGUCAGCUCCAUUUACUUUUGUCCAAACUCCUACAGGAGAGGAAGAGAAACGAACAAACACUCUUUGUUAUUUUUCUGUUGCCGGAGUGUGUGGACAUGAAAAAGGUUUCAGCUGAAGGAUUCAGCUUUCUGUUUAAUGAGAAAAAAAAAAGAAUCACAUUACUGUAUAUCAGGAACACAGAACGAUUCUAAAAAUGUCGGUGUUUGUUGUUGGUGAGAUAAACAACAGCUGAAAAAACAAGUUGGAAUGUAAUGGAGCAACAAUCUUUUCCAAAUGCAUGAAGUUGUAGCCUAUCAGAACAACAGCUGUAACAAAGAAUGUUUAUUGGGUAGCUUUUCCUGGCGCUGAGGGCCUGAAGAAAAAUUGAUGACUCAUACCUCACUCAUGACUUUGAGUGCAAUAAUGAGUCACAAUCUUUCUCUCUCCAUUCAUUUCAUUUUAACAGCAAAUCUCAUCCAUGAACAAGUAAGCCAUCCCAAAUACCACUUCAACGCCAUCCGUGCAUUUCAUUUGUUGUAUAUUUAUUCUUGUAAACAUAUAUCUGUAUAUCCUGUAAAUUGAAUUUGUUCGCUGAAGCUGCAAACCCACGAGUCUUUCAGUAAUUCACAGUUCAGCUAGCUAGCAUUUAAGCAUUUGUAACAAGUGUGCAGGGCAGCUUUCGAGCUCAAAAUUUUGUUUUUUUGGCGGACUAGACAUACCAGCCCGCGCUUAUGAGAAUGAUUGUGUAGUAUUUAUUGCAGACAUCAAUAGCACAAUGAUUCACUUUUUUAUGUGCUUUUUUUUUUAAAGAAAAGACAAAAAAGUACAAAAAGGAAGAA